UCCCACGUUCGCCGUCUGAGCGCGCCACUGCGCCGCAGAUUAAAACCGUGCCGCUCACCCCCUGCCUCUUCACAUUCAGACUUUGUGACGGUUGGUCGAUAUUUCGACGGGAAGUCGUUCUUGAUUGCAUCUUGGUUUCUGAACCCUAUAGACUGAAAAAUGGCAGCCCCAGCUAUUGGUAUUGACUUGGGUACCACCUACUCCUGUGUUGGUGUCUUCCAGCACGGAAAGGUCGAAAUUAUUGCCAACGACCAGGGUAACCGAACCACUCCCAGUUAUGUGGCGUUCACCGACACUGAACGUCUCAUUGGAGAUGCCGCCAAGACUCAAGUGGCCAUGAACCCCAGUAACACCAUCUUCGAUGCUAAGCGUCUUAUUGGACGCAAGUUCGAAGAUACCACUGUCCAGUCGGACAUGAAGCACUGGCCCUUCACUGUCAUCAGCGAUGGUGGCAAGCCCAAGCUGAAGGUUGAGUUCAAAGGAGAGGCUAAGACUUUCUACCCCGAAGAAAUCUCAUCCAUGGUCCUCACCAAGAUGAAGGAAACAGCUGAGGCCUACCUUGGCAAGACUGUCACAAAUGCUGUUGUCACCGUACCAGCUUAUUUCAACGACUCCCAGCGUCAGGCCACCAAGGACGCGGGUACCAUUGCUGCCUUGAAUGUUCUGCGUAUCAUCAACGAGCCCACUGCUGCUGCCAUUGCUUAUGGUCUUGACAAGAAGGGCAGCAAGGAGAGCAACGUCCUGAUCUUUGAUCUGGGCGGUGGUACUUUUGAUGUGUCCAUCCUGUCCAUUGAAGAUGGUAUUUUCGAGGUCAAGUCUACUGCUGGUGACACUCAUCUUGGUGGAGAAGAUUUCGACAACCGCAUGGUCAACCACUUUGUCCUGGAGUUCAAGCGUAAAUACAAGAAGGAGCUCACCUCCAACAAGCGUUCUCUCCGUCGUCUGAGGACCGCUUGCGAAAGGGCAAAGCGUAUCCUGUCAUCUUCCACCCAGGCCUCUGUUGAAAUCGACUCCCUCUUCGAGGGUAUUGACUUCUACACCUCAAUCACCCGUGCCCGUUUCGAGGAGCUCUGCGCUGACUUGUUCCGUGCCACCCUGGACCCUGUGGAGAAGGCCCUCCGCGAUGCCAAGAUGGACAAGGGUGCCGUCCACGAGAUUGUCCUUGUCGGAGGUUCCACCCGUAUCCCCAAGGUCCAGAAGCUGCUGCAGGACUUCUUCAACGGCAAGGAGCUGAACAAGUCCAUCAACCCUGAUGAGGCUGUUGCCUACGGUGCGGCUGUCCAGGCUGCCAUCCUGCACGGAGACAAGUCUGAGGCUGUCCAGGACUUGCUGCUGCUCGAUGUUGCUCCCCUGUCCAUGGGUAUUGAGACCGCUGGAGGUGUGAUGAGCGUUCUCAUCAAGCGUAACACGACCAUCCCCACCAAGCAGACCCAGACUUUCACCACCUACUCCGACAACCAGCCUGGAGUGUUGAUCCAGGUCUAUGAAGGAGAGCGUACCAUGACCAAGGACAACCACCAGCUUGGCAAGUUCGAGCUCAGCGGAAUUCCCCCUGCGCCCCGUGGUGUGCCCCAGAUCGAGGUCACCUUCGACAUUGACGCCAACGGUAUCCUGAACGUCUCUGCCUGCGACAAGUCGACCGGCAAGGAGAGCAAGAUCACCAUCACCAACGACAAGGGCCGUCUGAGCAAGGAGGAGAUCGAGCGCAUGGUGAACGACGCCGAGAAGUUCCGCAGCGAGGACGAGCAGCAGAAGGAGCGCAUCACCGCCAAGAACGCCCUCGAGUCCUACUGCUUCAACAUGAAGAGCACUGUGGAGGACGACAAGAUGAAGGACAAGAUCUCUGACGCUGAGAAGACCCAGAUCCUGGACAAGUGCAAUGAGACUGUCAAGUGGCUCGACUCCAACCAGCUGGCUGAGAAGGAAGAGUACGAGCACAAGCAGAAGGAGGUUGAGGCCAUCUGCAACCCCAUCAUCACCAAGCUGUACCAGGGCGCCGGUGGUGCUGGAGGCAUGCCCGGCGGUAUGCCCGGCGGCUUCCCUGGCGCCGGUGCUGGCGGCCCCGCCCCCGGAGCCGGAGGCGCCGGCCCCACCAUCGAGGAGGUCGACUAAACCACAACCUGCUCAACUUGUACUAACUGCCUUCAAACGCCACAUUCCGAUUCACUCAUUCGUAGCAUUCAUUUGAUAAGUUGAUCCAGUUUUGUUUUUUUUGUACUGAGUAUUGAAUGGCUGCUACGUAUCACGACCUUAUUUAACAUGUACCAAAGAUUGCGGUCUACUUUAUUUUACGGUGAUUUAAUACCAAUUCUUUGUGUCACUGCGUGUCACUUCAAUAAACAUGUCAUCAUUUGAA